AUUUGAUCUGUCAAGACAUCACUAUUGUUUCUGUCAUUAUCCGGAUAGCUGUCAUUCGUAAUCACCAGCUGUCACCAAAAUCAAAAAAAAAGAAAUGUCAGUUCCAACUUUUCUUGUUGACUGUUGAAGAUAAUUUUCCUCAUUAUUUAAAUCAAAAAUUAAAUUAAUUAGAGUUUUGUGUUUUUGCUUCAAAAUAUAAGUAGUGAAUAUGAUUUUAUCGAAAAGUACUGUGUGGUUUUUGGGUUUUCUUUUAUUGAUAUCGAUUUUUAUGGCAAAUUUAUUGAAUAUGAUUGCUACGGAUCAUAAUUUUUAUAUUGAAAACGAAAAUGAGGGAAAAAACUAUACCAAGUAUUUAGCUGAAAAAUAUGGAAAAAUUACGGAUACAACGGAGAAAAUAAUUUGGUUUCUUCAGAUUUCAGAUAUACAUAUUAGUAUUUUUCGGGAUCCUGGAAGAAUAUCACAAUUUCAACAAUUCUGUGAUAACACAGUCAAGAAAAUAAACCCUGCAAUAGUUUUAGCAACGGGUGACUUAACUGAUGCUAAGGCCAAAGAUAACUUAGGUAGUUCCCAAGUGAAGACAGAAUGGAUAUAUUAUCAUAAUAUUGUACAAGAAUCAGGAGUCACUGAUACUACUGUCUGGUUAGACAUAAGAGGAAAUCAUGAUAACUUUAACAUCAGAACAAUAAAUUCUCAAGAAAACUACUUCAGGAAUUAUUCAGUACAAGGGCAUAAACAUGCCAAGUCUUAUGCCCAUUAUACACAAUCAAAUGGUGUCAGUGUUGCAUUUCUGGGUGUUGAUGCAUGCCCAGACCCUGGUCUCAGAAGGCCAUUUAAUUUUAUUGGCUUAUUGGACAUAGCAGAACAACAGCUUCUUCAGAGGCUCAAAGUAGAGGCAGAAAGUAAAGCUGACCAUAUUGUUUGGUUUGGACACUACCCUACAUCAUGCAUACUGUCCCUUGAAAAUAAAGCCUCGAAAGUUAAUUUACGCCAACUUAUUGGUUCAAGUCAAGGGUCUCAUGUUUAUGUUUGUGGACACUUACAUUCUAUGGGUGGAUUAGUCCCAAAAAUGUACACCAAACAAAAGAAAGGCUACUUAGAGCUUGAGCUAGGAGACUGGAAAGAUAACAGAAUGUACAGAUUGGCAGCUAUAGAUCAUGGACAUUUCUCUUUUGUUGAUCAAAAACAUAAUGUCUGGCCACUUGUGCUGGUCACAAAUCCAAAACAUGCUAGAUACAUCAUGCAUGGUCGGGAACCCUUACAAUUAAUUCCUGACUCAAGUCACAUAAGAAUUCUCGCAUUUAGUGAUGUAGCUGUUAAAAAUGUGGAUAUAUCCUUUGAUCAAAUAAGUUGGAUGACAUGCAGGAACACGAAAGGGCCACUUUAUGUAUGUCAUUGGCUACCUCAUUUAUUUACAAAAGGUAUUCACUAUUUAUAUGUCAAAGUUUAUGAUGAGUUAGGAAGAGAAGCCUUUGUAGAACACCCCUUCACAUUGGAUGGAAGUGCAAUGAGUUUUGAGGUUUCGCCUAGAAUUUUGCUCAUGCUGGAUGCAGGAGUAGUGUUUCAGGCAAUAUUUGGAACACUUCUACUGAUUAAUGUUUUGCCACUAGUCACUUUAAGAUUAUGCAAGAGACCCCCAAGAUACCGUGGGAAAUAUGGUCGACAGAUUAUAAAGAGACUCUGGCUACUGAGUAAAGUCGACCGGGUGUUUUAUCCUAUUGUUUUGUAUGCAGCUUAUCUUCCUUUUGGUCCAUGGGCCAUUGGAGAGCUUAUAGAUGGCCAUGUGGGGGCAAUUUUUGCCUGGGGAAUAUUGAUAAAGGGGUCAUACCUACCAGAGCCAUUUACCUAUAUGUAUGGAAGUGUGCAACUAAUGUUUGUACAAGUACCUUUAGUGUUUGUAUUAUGCCACUGCUUAGACUAUCGUCUAUAUGGAUAUUAUGUAAGGGGAGUGAGGAGAUUGAUAUUGAAUCUGCCAUUUGUCUUCUUACUAUCAAUACAGCUGCUACUGGCAUACUUCUUUUGGUUGGAAUAUGGAACAAUGUCGUUCCUAUUUGGACCACUAAGAACGUGGAGUAUUGCUUUAAGUUUAUUAUUGUGGUAUAAGACAUUGAAUUUACCUCCAGAAUAUUGUAGAAACCUUCUAAAGCUGACUGAAACUCCAUCAUAGUAUUUUAACGAGAGGAGGACUUUGAAUAAACUGUACAGCACAAGUAUGUGUCGUGUGUUGAGCUUAGCAGCUUUCCUUAACGCCAAAGUAGUCUUGGCUUCUGUGGAAGACACGGUAUCAACAUACUAUUAAUAUUAACGAAUAAUAAAGAGAUUAACAUAUUUCAUAGUUUAACUUUUUAAGAACUGAUUUUGAAACGACACAUUACAUUUUUUCUUAUAAAUUUUUACUUGAAUUGAGGGUGUGAGGAAUGAUUGUUUACAAUUAGUAUUUACCUACACCAAAG